AUGGCGGAGAGGCGAGAGUCCUCCCUGCACCUGGGAGAGGAGUGCGGCUCGGCCCCUCCCCCUCGACGGGAAAUUCUGUCAGUCACCGUCAAUGGACUCUCCACCUCCACCUUGGCAAGGCUAUUUUACCGCUGGCCAGAACGAAAGCGCCCCCCGGGAACAAAGCCCUGGAGUUCACACCGGGCUCCACGGAAGUCAAGCCUCGCUCGGGUGCGAGUCCGACACCCAAGUCGUCGCGAGCUCGGGCUGGCCAGCUGUCGGACGCUGGCGACAGCUAAAAUGGCAACAGCCGAGACAGACGCCUUCCGCGGGAAGCUAGUUUUCCUUCUGUUUGCAGGUUUUGAGAAACCGUCCGCCAUCCAGCAGCGAGCUAUUAAGCAGAUCAUUAAAGGCAGAGACGUCAUCGCGCAGUCUCAGUCUGGCACAGGCAAGACGGCCACCUUCAGUAUCUCGGUGCUCCAGUGCUUGGAUAUCCAGGUUCGUGAAACCCAAGCUUUGAUCUUGGCUCCGACCAGAGAGUUAGCUGUGCAGAUCCAGAAGGGCCUGCUUGCUCUUGGCGACUACAUGAACGUCCAGUGCCACGCCUGCAUCGGGGGCACCAACGUCGGGGAGGACAUCAGGAAGCUGGAUUAUGGUCAGCACGUUGUCGCGGGCACGCCAGGGCGCGUCUUUGAUAUGAUCCGUCGCAGAAGUUUAAGGACGCGUGCUAUCAAGAUGCUGGUUUUGGACGAGGCUGAUGAGAUGUUGAAUAAAGGGUUCAAGGAGCAGAUCUACGACGUGUACAGGUACCUGCCGCCGGCCACGCAGGUGGUCCUCAUCAGCGCCACGCUGCCGCACGAGAUCCUGGAGAUGACCAACAAGUUCAUGACGGACCCCAUCCGCAUCCUGGUCAAGCGUGACGAGUUGACUCUGGAAGGCAUCAAGCAGUUCUUCGUGGCCGUGGAAAGGGAGGAGUGGAAGUUCGACACGCUGUGCGACCUCUACGACACGCUGACCAUCACGCAGGCCGUCAUCUUCUGCAACACCAAGAGGAAGGUCGACUGGCUGACGGAGAAGAUGCGAGAGGCCAAUUUCACGGUCUCUUCCAUGCACGGGGACAUGCCUCAGAAAGAGCGGGAGUCCAUCAUGAAGGAGUUCCGCUCCGGUGCCAGCCGCGUGCUCAUCUCCACAGACGUCUGGGCCCGGGGCCUGGAUGUCCCCCAGGUGUCCCUCAUCAUCAACUACGACCUGCCCAACAACAGAGAGCUGUACAUCCACAGAAUCGGGCGGUCGGGCCGCUACGGCCGGAAGGGUGUGGCCAUCAACUUCGUGAAGAACGACGACAUCCGCAUCCUCCGCGACAUCGAGCAGUACUACUCCACGCAGAUCGACGAGAUGCCCAUGAACGGUGAGCCUCCCUCGGCGGGCCGGGCCGGGCCGGGGUCUCAGCCCGCCACGCUCCUCUUCCCAGCCCGUUUGGGUGACGAUCUGGAUUUCCAUGGGGCGGGUACAGGAACUUGGAUGCCUCGCUCUGAAGUCCUGCUGCGUGAGUGGGCCCAGCUAACAAGCACCUGGGCCUCGCUGCUUAGCUCGUGGCCGGUGGACACCGAGGUGCAGACCGGGCACAACCAGAUCGGGCCAAGCAGCAAGUGCUGCCAGAUGCAGGAGCAGACGACACCAGAAAGGAACACGUUGGAUGCAGGUUACACAGAGGAAGGUCAACGGGCACGAGCAGGCCCAGGCCAGCACAUCUAUGGAGGGCCGCAGGCGGGUCUUCCACAGGGAUGCAGUGGGCUCGGCCAGCAGUCUGUCAUUGUAACACUGUCCUUGCAACAGAGGAGUGACGCCACGUCCACGGAACAGAGGAGUGACGCCACGUCCACGGAACAGAGGAGUGACGCCACGUCCACGGAACAGAGGAGUGACGCCACGUCCACGGAACAGAGGAGUGACGCCACGUCCACGGAACAGAGGAGUGAUGCCACAUCCACAGAACAGAGGAGUGACGCCAUGUCCACGGAAUAG